AUGCUGUCUGCGUCCUCGCCCAUCACAUUCCCCAAGAGCUCGCCAGCUCCGAAACGCGCGACUCCCCAUGGACAAGAGGUUACGAAACCAAAACCCCGUGUAGACGGGCCAUUCGUAUUGGAUGAUGAUGAAUCAGAAGACGAGAGCCAAGAAAGAAAAGAUGAUACUCACGUAGCAAAGAAGCGCAUGCUCGAGCACCCGACUGAAGUUGCGAUACCAGCUCUAGAAACCGAGGCGAGCAAAGACAACGCCUCUCAAGAUGCAACACAAGCAGCCGAUAUUCCUGCCAUAGAACCUCCACCAAGCUGGUCGAUUCAACGUCCCUUUUUUACCGGCUCGAUUCUCGAGAGCAUAUCUCCUCCAUCAUACACCGCCAAAUCAUGCUGCGGUAAAGCGAUUUCCAUCAGACAGAGAAAGGCGUCUGCUGCCGUAUCCUACGAGACUAUCGUAGCAGCGAGAUCCAAGACGAAGGAAGGUAGAGCAAAACGAAGCUACUACGGCAUUGAAAUCCAUGACUUGAUAAGCAAUGCGGCCAAGGAAAUUGCAAGGAAGACUCAGACAGUUCCCGCCGAACCUGAUGCGCCAGUGAUGUCAAUUGAGGCCCCAGUCGAGGGCAAGAAACCGAAAAAGACACUUCUAUGGACUGAGAAAUACCGGGCACGAAAUUUUAUGGACCUGUGCGGCGACGACAGCACCAAUCGACAUGUAUUGAGAUGGCUGAAGCGGUGGGAUCAUGUAGUGUUUCCAGGCCAGACAAAGGCUAAGCCUGUCAUUACAAGACGACCCGGCAUGAAGCAUCAGGUUGAGGAAGAGAAGCCACAUCGUAAGAUUCUGAUGCUUACCGGACCACCUGGAUUGGGCAAGACGACAUUAGCUCAUGUCUGUGCGAAGCAGGCAGGAUAUGAGGUUUUAGAAGUCAAUGCCAGCGAUGACCGAAGCCGAGAUGUGGUGAGGAAUCGGAUACGAACAAGUCUGGGUACGGAGAGCGUCAAGAAUGUCACCAACAGCAAAGGCAAGGACGGGUCGCAGAGAAUCGCUAAGCCUGUCUGCGUGAUUGUUGAUGAGGUGGAUGGGGUGACAUCAGGAUCGGGUGCGUCCGGAGAAGGUGGCUUUGUGAAGGCACUGAUUGAUCUGGUGCUUACGGAUCAGAAGAACGCAAUGCCAUCGACGUCUGAAUAUAACCGGAAGAAGAAGAAGGGAGAUGACUUUCGACAAAUGCGGCCACUGGUUCUUAUCUGCAAUGAUGUCUACCACCCGUCUCUGCGACCUCUUCGGCAAUCAAACCUAGCAGAGGUCAUCCACGUCGGCCGACCGUCACUUGAUGCCGUCGUCGGGAGGGUGAAGAAUGUCUUUGAAAAGGAGGGCAUACCGUGUGAUAAGGAUGCAGUAAGAAAGUUGUGUGAAGCAGCAUGGGGUAUGACAAGUGGUAUCGAUGCUAAACGAGGAGCAGAGAGCACAGUCGAAGGCGAUUUACGUGGUGUCAUGGUUGUAGGUGAAUGGGUAGCAGGACGGUUUAGAUCUUCACCCGUGGGCGUAAAUCAGCGACUUACACGACAAUGGAUUGAGAGUAACAUUCUACGAGACCUAUCCAGCAGUGCUGCCGGAGCAAGAGGUCUCGGACGAGGAAACGUUCGAGACAUUAUCCAGCGACUAUUCCAAGAAGGAGGCGGGUUUCCCACACAAGCUAUGGAUUUGUCCGAAUCCAAGACGCACCACGAGCAACCACAAGCUGAGCUGGGAUUUGGAGAGCAGCGGAAGAAGUACGCCAUGGAUCGUCUCCGUGAAAUGGUCGAGACAAGCGGAGAAAUUAGCAACAUCAUGACAGAAAUCUUUGCUGGGUACCCGAACCGCGAGUUCAACGACGACAUCUACCUCGCCAAACCGAACCAGGCGUACGACUGGCUGCACUUUCACGACUGUUGUCAAUCGCGUCUAUACUCCAGUCAAGACUGGGAACUUGCGCCAUAUCUCAGUCAACCGGUGCUGGCGUGCCACCACCUCUUUGCCUCGCCAAAGAAACACUACACCGCACCCGGUGGAUUUGAGAAACGCUGGGGCGGCACAGAAACAGAAGAAGACAACGGUCCUCCCGUGCCAUUUUCCGGGCCUCGAGCUGAUUUCCAAGCCCGUGAGGCAGAGAAGCAAAAUCGCUCCCAACUUCAAGCACUCCAAGCACAACUCAGUCCAACGCUCAUGAGGUCGUUCCGCAGCGCAGAGGACGUGGCUACCGAGUUUCUACCCUAUCUAAUUCGUCUUGUAUCACCAGACGUGAAGCCCGUAGUCGUAGGCGGCAGUCAAGGAUCCAUGGCCAGCGUCCGCAAGGAAAGCGAGAAAAUCAUGGUCCAAAGAGCGAGCGAAGUCCUCGCCGAGGUUGGAAUCGAACUGCAAAAAGGCAAAAUUGAAAGCGAGACAGUCGGCGGUCGUGGCCCUCAAUACGUAUACCGCAUGGAACCCGACCUCGACUCCCUCUCAACCUUUGAAACGGGAUCCGCCAUCCUCGCCUCGCAAGCACCUACCCGCUUUGCCGUACGGCAAGUCCUCGACCAGGAACUACGACGGACGAUUGCCCUACGGGAGAGUAAUGCGCGGAAAGCUCGUUUUCAGGCUGGCGGUCCUGUGGUGGCGCACCUGCCUGUCUUGCAGGACGACAAGGAGAAUCGGGUUGUGGAGGAGACGGCCAGUGCGGUGAUUAAGAGAGAUUUCUUUGGGAGGGUGAUUGAGGCGAAGCCCUUGGCGGAGUUGGAUGGGAAUAGUGAGCGGAGGAUGAGGAAGGAGGAGCGUAAGGUGUGGGUUACGUAUCGUGAGGGGUUGAAUAAUGCGGUUAGGAAGCCGAUUUCGUUGAGGGAGUUUCUGAGGGUGCUGUAG